AUCUUGUCUACCACUUUUCUAAUCGCAUCGCACAGAGAAAGCCGCACGUCGGUCAAAAGCGCAACAUGCAAGACUCCGGCGAACAGGAUCGGGAAGCUACUCUCAAGCUCUUCGUUGGGUAUGUCUCGGGCUAGCGUUCAUCAGACAGACUAUCUAAUCAGCUCAUGUAGUGGGCUUGCGUGGCACACCGAUGAUGCUACCCUUCGUCAGAAGUUCGAGGAAUUUGGUUCUGUAGUCGAGGCUACUGUCGUCAAAGAUCGCGACACCGGCAGGAGCCGAGGUUUUGGCUUUGUGCGCUACGAAGAAUUGAACGAUUCCAUCAAAGCCAAGCGAGCCUUCGAAGAGCCCACCGAGUAAGACCCCACCCGUCCAAAACUGCAGCGAGGAGUUGAAUUACCUCGUAUUUGCGAAAUGCUCCAACAGUAUUAAUAACGAGACUCAGGUUUGAUGGUCGUCAGAUCCGUGUCGAUUACGCAAAGGACAACACCGACAGGGCCGGUUCUGGAGGCGGCUACGGAGGUGGUCGAGGAGGCCGUGGUGGCUAUGGUAUGCUUGCAUAUUCCCCUUAACCCCAUGUCCGCUAAAGAAGUUCAGGAGGUGGAGGUGGUUACGGUCG